UGCUCUUUUUAAAAGAUUUGUUAAAAUUUAAAAGUACUUUUGGAAAAUUAUGGCUUGCUGGAACUGUGGGUGUCAAAAAACGACCAUUCAAUAAGGAUGUUAUUGAAAGCUCGAAUAUUGAUGAAUUUAUUCUUGCUAUCAUUAAUGUUGAGCUUCCGUUAUCUCCUAGAUUAUCAGGAACAUUUCUGCGGGGUAUUUGCGCAAUUUAUGAACAAAAGUUUCAUCUUUUACAAAUUAGAGUUCAAACCCUUUUUCGCCGUUUGUAUAUAGAAACAGAUGAAAAAACAAUUGUUCGAGCUCAAGCGCCGGAAAGAAUUAAACGCAGAACGAAAUUCGCAAAAGGACCAAAGAAUUCAGAAAACUUACUUCUAACAAUAGCGCUUGGAUCCAAUCAAGCCAUACCUGAAGCCUCCUUUUCUCAAAUGAACCCAAUGGAUCAACAUGUGACCUUCACACAAAUGUUGGUCGAUAAAACGUAUUGUUUAAUGAACGAAACAUCAGCAAAUAGGAACGGUAGUGUAAAAGAAAUCGAGUCUGCUGACUUGUUAAACUAUCAACUUGAAGCUAACAACGAAACAUCUAAUCUCAUCAAUUUCGAAUUUGAAAAAGAAAUGUCUUCGUGCAAAGACAUUUAUAAUGAAACGCUGCACGGUGGUCAAUUUGUGAAUGAAGACAUGCUUCUUGAAAACUUGAUUCAACAUUGUGACCAGGUCAAUCAGAAAUUGGACCUUGUAACACCACGACCAGUCAUACCGUGUGAAGAAAAUGAAAAUACUCCUAUAAACUCUACAUGUCGCGCGUCUCGUUUAAUCGAUGUCGUAUCUAGGUUGAAAGAUAAUUCAAAUUAUUCAACGAAAAAACCAAAGAUGAUAAAACAUCAGCAGGGAGUUUCAAGAUCAAAGAGAAAUUCAUAUGAUAAACAAGUGUUGCUUGAAGAGACAACUUUGAAAACGUGGAAAGCUAAAUAUGUUUCUCUUUUACGUUCAACAGACCUUGUAGGUGAUAAGAGCUAUUUCAACGAGUCAGUGUGGCGAUCCAAUGUAUGGAACAAUCCUCUAUGUCGCGUUAACAAAUGUAUUGAAUCGUAUUGGAAAAAAUCUGAAACAAACAAAUUCUUUGUACCCAACCCUAAUGAGGGUACAGCCUUGAAAUCGAAGGAACCAAAUGACUACGAAACACAGAGUUUUAAAUUUUCCGAGAUAGAAAAGCUUAGAGCAAUAGGUGACGACAACACUACUACCAAUUCUUUUAGAAAUAAUGACCAGGCUGGAACAUGUGGAUCGACGUGGCGAAUGGCAUCCCUAGACUUUACAGGAUGGAAACACAGAGGAGUGGCUGUUGAUAAACGUUUUAGUUUAGCUUCUGGUUAUGCAUCAGAUAGUCAGGCCGAAACUGGUGGUUUUAGUUCCGUUAACACUCCUAAUUUAGACAAUAAUUUGCAAACAGAUAAUUUUUUUACACGUCGAUUGGGGGGCUCACUUUCAAUGGACCAUACUUUUCCUAACAUUUCGUUCAACGAUUGGAUGCUUAAAAAUCAAAUGUUCGAAACAGGAGGAAAAUGUUCAGAUGAGUCUAUAGAAAAUGAUAGAAGUCGUAUGAGUGAGGAACCUUAUAGCCUAUCACACACUUUUUCAAAAAGUGCUUCACCUUCCUUCAUGGAUCGAACGUUUCUUCCCAUAAGUCUCGAAACAAUUCAAAAUGAGCCACAAGACUGUCACGGUUUCAAAAACCGUUUUACCACCAAUGGAUUUUAUACUUGGACAAGAAAAAAAUUUCACGAAUCGCUACUAGAAUGUUUAUCGCGAAUUUCGAGCAAUAAAGAAAUAAAUUUUAAUCAACUUGUUCCUCCCGAUGAAGCGAAUGCAUUUCAUGCUUCAACAACAUUCUUUAAUUUAUUAAUGUUAGCAUCAUCAAACGAAAUUUCAAUAAAGCAAAAGUCAUUUGAUUCACCUCUUCUUGUCACUCUUGUUCUUGAUGUAGUUAAUACAGAACGUUGUACAAAAAAUGACACAGCUGACAUAUCCUUUUACUCACAGAAUGAUUUGAUUUUAACGCCGUGUUAAUGCACUCCUAAACCGGGGCACCUUGGGACCUAGGUUAUCUCUACCCUAUUGAUGCAUAUGUUUAGUAAGAAAAAAAAAAAAUCUAUUCCUUUCAUAUUUUCUUUAAUUUUUUUAAUAUUUUACUUUUUUUUAAAAAAACUAAAACUUUCCGAAAAUCAUUUCAAAUUUUUAAAACAUAACAUUUUUAUGCCAUUGUACGAGAUGCAAAAAAAACGAUUAUUAAUGAUAGGUCGAAUUGUUACAGAAAUGGAUAGAAAGGCACGAAAAACAUACUAAGAACGCGACGACAAGGAAGCAUCAUCAGCACCCAACUUUCAAGUACUUUUGUUUUUAUUGCUUUUUCCUCAUAUAAAUCGGAAAAAUUUGGAUUUAAACUCCACUCUUAGUCAUUUUGAAAUCCCUGGCUCUGCACAGCGUGUGCACGUAAGAAGCAAUAUGUAGUGGAGGGUUUCUCAAUAAUUGUGGUGCAAGGAUAAUAUUAUAUGAAUCUAUAAGUACAAAAAAGAGACACGAUAAAUUUUUUUGUUAGGUAUUUUUUAAAGAAAGUAUGGGUAACAUAAUGUACUAAUACUCGAAGUUUCGGAACCAUUUUUAUUUGCUUGAAUAGGUCAUAAAAAAUAUUUGUUCAAAACACUACUGGUUCAUUUUAUUAAUUCCUAGUUUUGAUUGACAAAAUUUUGUUUUAGCUCAAAUUUCCUAAGACUUCAUCCCCUUGCAUCCCAAACCGACUUCAUUGAUUCAGAUGUUUUUGCAGAAUCAAAAAGUUCUAACAAACCUUUUUUUUUGUUUGAACCAACAUAAAAAAAUUAUUUAACAAUAUUCCAUGUGCAACACUUCUCCGUUCAUGUAGGAUAUAAUGCAAUCAUUGCAAUUCAUUAGUUUAAUGUCUUUUUAGCGUUCAAGCAUAUAAGUGUUCAGAUGCUGUGAGUGAUCCACCAGUGUUUUCUUCUAAAUUCGUGACCGUGCCAAGUUUACCCAUGGGACCUCCUCCCCCAUUGCCAUGCGAGUAUGCAUUCAACUCAUACAGUGUUCUAGUCCCUAGUCAGCUUCCUGAAACCUUAAGAAACAACCCUUUUAUUCCAAUUCCAAAUGAGAUUCUUGGAACUCUGCCUAUGACGAAAACGGUACGGAAGAAGGCGUUUAAAAGUUGUCAAACGGAACUGGAUGAACGUAUGGACGUUGCACAUGGGAAAGGAUUUAACAGUGAGAGUAUGUCAACUAUUCUUGUAAAACAUGUCAGUGAAUAUCCCCCUUUGCCGGAUUACAACAUUCAUGCUAAGGAAGAAAAUUUUAAUCCUUUCGUUCUGACCGACACAUUAAAUCUAUUGCGUUUUUCGAAAUAUUUUUAUAAGUCUUUUUGUCACACGUCUAAGCAUGUCACACUGCGUCGUUCGGAGAGCGCACCUAAUCUAUUAAAAAAAAAUUCUCUUAUAGUUUCCUUGUUCCCAAAAAGUAAGAGUUGGGAGCUCACAGUAAUGGAGUCCAAGAAAACACCAGUACCUAACCAAACUAAAAAUAUCCCAUCAAAUACUGACGCAUUCAUACAAUAUCCUCAACAUGCUUCACAUACUUGGAGUCUCCCUGAAAAAACGGAUGUAUUUCAACAAAACUCAAACGCAAAAUCUUCCGCCUCGUGUCCCAAAAUAGUGAAGAGUCAUGAUGUUUCACUUACGAAAAAGAAGUGCUGUGAAAAUGAUAAACGACCCCAACAUUUACGGACUACUAGACUACUAAAAAAAAUGUCAAAGCCUUUAAUUUCUUCUAAAAUUAUUUUUAACGGAUUGCAUGAAAACAAACAAAAUCUCAAGGCGGGUCAUGCCCCUGAUCCAUCAAUAUAUUCCAUCCGUCAAACAGGAUUAUACAAUAAAUUUAGUAGGACAGUGAAGAACAUCAUAGAUAAGAAAAAAAAUAAUUUAAUCGAAUACUCAGUCGCACCAAGCAAGCAGUGUCAAUCUCGGGUCCAAACAGUUCGUUCUAAAAAAAUGAUGGUCGAGAAUGCGUCAAAAAGUGAGAUUUCUAGUACUCGCGCUUCAGAGCAGAAAUCAAUACAUCGGUUUCCUAAAACGUUUGUAAAUUUUUCUCGUGUGGUUCCGCGGUAUAAACAUUUUAAUAAGGUUGAUAUAUCCAGCGACUACAGAUCCAUAAAGAAAAAUGCUGUUUAAAAAUGUAGAAUUCUAAAGAAGAACACUCUUUGUUACUGAUAUUAAAAUAACUAUGAGUAAACAUCCACUGAAAGAGUAGAAAUUGAUGUUUUUUUUUUUUCACAAAAAAGAGAAGAAUGCUUGUGAUAAAUACUUAGCGAAGAUGGAUUAACAAGUCCACGCAUUCUUGCAAAACAUUCUGUUUGAAACAAAGUUAAAAAUAAAACUUGCCACUCCUCA